UUGGUGCUGCACCUCCGCGUUGUUUAUCUGGUUGUCGGGCCGUCCGCGGGGUGUGAUUGAAGCUCGGGCGGGCGGGCGGCAUGGAGGGGGCGGGCGGGAGGCCUGCGCUCGGGCCCUUCUUUACCUGCCGCUGUUUUUACACCGACAACAUCUUCCUGGAAGAUUUCAGGCUCCACGUCCGCUCGACGGAGCCACAACUGGAAUCUAUUUUAAGAAGCAAGGGAUGCAAGACCGAAGAACAAUUCAGAAAGGUUCAAGCUAAGAUUGAUGAAGAAGUUCAGAGAAGAAAGUUGCUCCAUCAGAAAAGUUUGGAGAGAAGAAGCAUUAUUUCUGCAUGUUACAAGCCACUGAAUCCUGCAGUCUAUGUUUUACAGGAAUCCUUCCUUGCUCCAGAAUUCCAUGAAAUAGUUGCCUACUGCAGAAGUGAGGAUGCUGACUUUGAAGGAUUGCUGGACCGCAUUCACUCACUGCCAGCUGAGAGAGUCUAUUCAAUCCCAGUAUUCACUGAGCAAUUCUGUGGCCAGUUGAUUAGAGAGCUGGAGAAUUUUGAACAGUCUGAAAUGCCAAAAGGCAGACCCAACACCAUGAACAACUAUGGGGUACUUUUAAAUGAACUUGGAUUUGAUGAAACUUUUAUUACACCGCUGCGUGAGGAUUAUCUUCAGCCAAUCACAUCACUUCUUUACCCAGACUAUGGAGGUUGCAGGUUGGACAGUCACAAAGCAUUUGUUGUGAAAUAUGCUGUAAAUCAAGACCGGGAUCUAUGCUUCCAUUACGACAAUGCUGAAGUCACUCUCAAUGUGUCACUUGGGAAAGAUUUUGGUGAAGGGAAUCUCUGCUUUGGAGACAUGAGACAGUGCAGUGCACAGAACCUUUUUUCUGGUGGAAGACGAUGGGUGGGAGAUACUACUCGAGUAGUGUUUCAGAUUCCAACAGAUGAGAGAGAGUGUGUGGAGAUAGAGCACAGAGUGAGUUACGGAUUGCUCCACCGAGGCCAGCACUGUCAUGGAGCUUUACCCAUCUCCUCAGGCGAACGCUGGAAUCUCAUCAUAUGGAUGCGGUCAUCUCCAGUUCGUAAUGAACUGUGCCCAAUGUGUAACAAGAAGCCAGAGUUAAUGGAGGCAACUGGGUUUGGGGAUGGUUUCACUUCUGAGCUAUCGGAAGUCUGGCAGGAGCAACAAGAGAAAGUGACUGUCUGCACCUUGAGUUAGUAAAUUGUUAGCAGUGUUAGGUUUGUUCCUGCUCUGCUCAACAGUGAGGUUCAGCUUUUGGCUGAUUCAUAGUCAUUGGCAGAGAAAGAAACUCAUAUAAUUGAACAAUUGUACAAAAUAUUCAUCCCAUUUCUUUAUUUCAAGCAGCAUCUGUCAAUUUUCCAGUAAUAUUUGUGUGUGUGUGGGUGUCUGUGUCUGUAUGGGUGUGUGUGUGUGGUUUAAGGAUAUGUGUCUCCACAAUGUUUUAUUUCUUGCAAUUCUGAAUUGAGGGAGUUUGUUGCUUUCCUCUCCUAUCAACACUCAAUUUGUCAAACUUUUGGUAGAUGAGAUAAUUGAUUAUGGCUGAUUUACUAUUCCCCUACAAGGUGAUGGAACAAUGUCUACUUCUUUGACACCUAGAUUUCACUGUUAGGAUAUAAAUAAAAGGUAAAACUAGUCUGAAGUACAGGAGGUGAAGACAGGAAUUAGAUACCAGAUAAGUGAAGUAAAUCACAAGGUACUCAAUCUAAUGAGGUAAUCUCAUGUUCCCACUGGGAUUUUGGUUUCCUCCGGGGAUGACAUUGUUAAAAUCCAGGCAAAUUGUCAUUGACAAAUGUAAAAUCAUUUUGAAAUUAGUGUUUGCAUUAUAUAACAUCUGAUGAAGAUUGUUAGAGCUGUAAAUGCAAUACUUCACAAUGUCAUUCGCUCUGGUUCUGGGACUGGAUUGCAAGUUGUGAAAUUGACGUCAAUAAAUCUGAUUUAAUAAAA